AGAGAAAGAGGGGGUGUUGAAGAGGAGGAGAGUCUGAAGCAACUUAAGGCGGUGAGAACCGUGAGGAGCUGUGAGCACAGAGAUCCAGCAGCCGGAGCGGGAACACAGCAGAGACAGCUCAGACGCCUCCAAACCGAGAUGAUGUCACUUCUCCAGAAGCUGGCGGCACUUCUCCUUUUCGUCUCGCCGCUCCUCCGCCUCCACCUCCUCGCUCAUGCUGCCUCCACUUCCCCACCCGUCACUCGAAAAGAGAUCAAAUACAUCACCAUACCGGCAUCAAAUAACGGCGAGGACUAUGACGAGGACUAUGCCGACAGCCACAGCUCUUCGACGAAGGUGGUGGCCUCGAUCAGGACUCCUCUCUUGCGUGGGGAGCCGCAGCUCUGCGACUAUAACCCCUGCUCGGAGGACCAGGAGCCCUGCGAUCGUCUCGCAACGCUGACCGGGUGCCUCUGUCCUGGCAUAAGUGCGGCGGACGUGCCUCCUCACCCCCCACGUAUUCAGGCGUUGCUGCUGGUGAGCGAAGGGCAAGGUCGAGGAAAAGUGGAGGUGCAGUGGUGCGCUCCGUCGUCCGUGGUGACCCAGUACAAAGUGGUGGUGGAGGGACACGACAGCGAUCCCCUGGAGUUUGGACACGCUUCCAGACGAGGCCUGGUAGGGUCUCUGGAGGUGGGGGCCAAGGUGUGCGUGGAGGCCAUGAAUGGCGCCGGACACAGCGCUCCCACAGAGUUCUCCUGUCAGCGCUACGACCCUCCAGUGUCCACUGAUCACAAAAUGCUGGUCGGGAUCAUCGGCGGCGCCAUUGCCGUCUUUCUGAUUCUCAUCAUAGGAGCUGUGAUCAUACUGAAAUCCAAAGUCUGUCGGAAGGCAAAGAGAGACUCUACAGACGGACUGGGAAACCCCUCAUACAGCAGAGGCGGAACGCUGUGAUCCAGACGAGGGUAACAAGGACGGUGAAUCCAAGUGGCAGUGGGAAGAGGAUGUGGUGCGAGAGAUCACAAACAAAAGUCAGACAGUUCUGGGCAGAAUGUGAAACUGUUCAUAGGAUCCAAAAAGUUGUUUAAACUCCUGUUUCAAGGAAUUUCUAAACUUGAUGGUACAAUAUGUGGUAGCGUUAAUGGAUUAACACUAACAAAUGAUUGAUUAUGUUAUUUCAGGGUUAGAGAACUAUGGGUUUAUUUGCUGGCAAAUUAACCUCAAUAGGUUCAUUGUAGGAAUGUUUUAUUCGUCGUGACUGAAUUUAUUUGUAAACAGAAUAAUAUUUAGGAUUUACUACUGACUUAUUUUUUUAAUAAAAUUAUUUUAAAUGAAAAUGUUUGCGUGUCAGUCCAACUGCUUUUUUUGUGUGUGCAUAUGUGUGUGUCUCUAUUGUCUCUAUUGUGUCAGGGUGACACUGUAAAGUACUUUUAUUAUGAUUUAGUUUGAAGACCCAACAUCCUGCAGGAUAUAUCACUGAAUACUGA